GCAGGUUGGAUCUCUCAAUGGGCAAAUUCAAUGGGAAGAGAUGUCGCCUCCUCACCAUGUUUGGAUUGACAACAAGCUUCUUUAUAGUCGAAAUUGUUGUAGGAUACAUCACAAAUUCCAUGGCUUUGGUGGCGGAUAGCUUCCAUAUGCUCAGUGAUGUAGCUGCACUUGUGAUAGCCUUUCUUUCUGUUCAGAUGUCUCCAAAGAAAUGGUCCAAGAACACUUUUGGAUGGGCAAGAGCUGAAGUCCUUGGUGCUCUAGUCAAUGCUGUUUUCUUAGUUGCUCUUUGCUUUUCAAUACUGGUGGAGUCUCUGAAGAGGAUCCAUGAUAUAGAAGAGAUUGAAAAUCCUCAACUGGUGUUGUAUGUUGGUGCCUUUGGCUUGUUAGUGAACCUUGUAGGAGUGGUUUUGUUUUGUGAUCAUGGACAUGAUCACAUAGGCCACUUACAUGCUCAGCCAGGAAAGGGUCAUGCACACUUGCACGAGCUGAUGGCAACGGAUGACAAUGAGAAUGAUGAGAGCCUGAAAGAUCAGUGCAAACAGGAGGGAUGUGAUAAGUCCAACAAGACAUCAGCAUCUCAAAUGAAUAUGAGAGGAGUGUUCCUUCAUGUCUUGGCUGAUGCCCUUGGCUCAGUGAUAGUUAUAGUUUCUGCUGCUAUUAUUUGGCAGACAGAUUGGAAGUAUCGCUUUUAUCUUGACCCUGCUCUUAGUAUAUUGAUGGUCAUCCUCAUUAUGAAGUCUGUUUGGCCUUUGCUGGUGGAAAGUGCAAUGAUCUUGCUACAGACAGUGCCAACUCACAUUGAUAUGGACAGAAUCAAGCAGCAGCUACUUACAGAAGUGGAUGGUGUGCUUGCAGUGCAUGAGUUCCACGUGUGGCAAUUAACGGGUAAUCGGAUCAUUGCUUCUGCUCACAUCUGUUGUCGGAAUCUUCACGACUACAUUGAAAUUGCCAAGAAAGUCAAGGAAAUCUUCCAUAACCAAGGCAUUCACUCAACCACCAUCCAACCUGAGUUUCUUGAGUAUGCAGAUGGGGUAUCAGAGAGCUCCAACUGUGUUCUUGACUGUCCACCUAACCAAGAUUGCUCUGCAUCCACAUGCUGCCCACCUCCAAAGAAAUCAAAGAAGAUGAAAAGCCAUGAAGCUGCUGUUCCUGAUGUAUCUGUAGUGAUAUCUGUUUCUACUAUUGGAACCAUUGACACAAAACAUCUUAACAACACAUUAUAUGAUGGUGCCUGA